AUGAGUUUGCGCUCAGCUGUGGAUAGAGGCUCAAGCUUCUGUUUCGCCUCAGAUGCGUCACAUCUAUUGGCACCAGAUGGAAGACAGCUACCUGUGAAGCAGCGCGGCAAGCUUUUCUUCCUUGAGUGCAAGUUCAAGGGAAACCCGAUGAUUCUACUGACGAAAACAAGGAGGGAUACCAGUGAUGCAAUGUUGUGGCUCACCUUAACCAGCAGGAUCUGGUGCACCUUACGACUGGUGCACCGUAAUCAGCAGGAUCUUUCAUCGCUCGUCAAUUUGGGCGAGCUAGAGUUCUGCAAAGUGUGUGCAGCUUCUAAGAUGCAUGAAGUAGCCGUGCUUAAGAAGACUGACAGCAGAGCAUCGGCAGUGGGGCAACGGGUCUUCAAUGACAUUCAGGGACCAUUUGAAGCACCGAGUAUGCAUGGUGCACGCUAUCCCUUGAGCUUCAUCGACGACUUCUGUCGGCUGGCUGUGGUCAAGUACCUGGUGAAGAAGAGUGAUGCUCUACUGAAGUUCCAGUAG